UCUAGUGAGAGGUUUCAUUUCCUAUCCUCAGCUGUGGAUGUUUCAAACUUACCUUGCAGCAGGUAUUCCAUCAUAUUGAUUGUGCCCCCGGUGACAGGCAUCACUGUAACAGGAGGUGCUUCCAUUUUUUCUCAGGCACUAAGAUGUUUUUGAGUCUGAAGAAGGAAAACACAUAACAAAGUUGUCAACACGUGAAGUUAAUGUUAUGGCCAUCGGUUUAAGCUAACAUAUAGCGAGCUAAGGUAAUUAGUGUGAUUAACAGCUAACGUUAGUGUUAAAAACUCACUCGAAGCAGUAACUUCGUUUCUUCCUGAGAAAGCCCGAAAAAAUGCUGUUCACUUGGUAAAGAAAACCGGGUAAAUGUUGGUUUGUUCGUCUUCGGUAAAGCCUCCACAGUAAAGACCGAGGAUCAGGACUUCUUCGCAGCAGUUGAUAUCCAACUGUGAGGCGCAUUACAACCACCUACUGGAGUAAUUUACUCCAGUGAUGCAAGAUGUGAAGCAAUACCUAUGAGUAAGACCAAAGUCCUUCUCUGGGAAUACCCUAUGCAGGUCUCCUGAUGACAACUGAUGAAUAAACCACUGAAGCCUCCUCUUCCACCUACAUUUAAACAAGAUGGGGAAGACCUGGACAAGGUGGUGAAAUGGGGAAAGCAGUACCCUUAUGCUUUCCCAUUGUGGUUUGGUCCCUUUGUUUGCUUCCUUAACGUUCAUCAUCCAGAUUAUGUGAAAACCAUUCUGGCAUCAACAGAGCCAAAAGAUGAUUUCGCAUAUAGGUUUAUUGAGUCUUGGAUUGGAGAAGGCUUAUUAGUGUCAAAAGGUCAGAAGUGGUUUCGGCACAGAAGGUUACUGACUCCAGGUUUCCAUUAUGAUGUUUUGAAACCAUACGUUAAGCUGAUGUCAGAUUCAGCUAAAACUAUGUUGGACAAAUGGGAAGUUUAUGCAGACAACAAUGAGUCCUUUGAAUUGUUUGAACAUGUAAGCCUCAUGACACUCGACAGCAUCUUGAAGUGUGCUUUUAGCCACAACAGCAACUGUCAGACUGAGAGUGGGAAAAAUGCAUACAUCAAAGCAGUGUAUGAGCUCAGUGAUCUAAUCAACCUGCGGUUCAGGAUAUUUCCAUACCACAACGACCUAAUAUUCUACUUCAGCCCCCAUGGAUUCAGAUACAGAAAAGCACUCAGGGUGGCUCACAGUCAUACAGAUAAAGUCAUAAGAAAGAGGAAAGAAGCUCUAAAGGAAGAGAAAGAGCUGGAUCGCAUACAGGCCAAGAGAAACUUGGAUUUUCUGGACAUCCUUCUGUUUGCAAGAGAUGAGAAGCAGCAGGGUCUCUCAGAUGAAGAUAUACGAGCAGAAGUGGACACCUUCAUGUUUGAGGGCCAUGACACCACAGCCAGUGGUCUCUCUUUCCUCCUGUACUGUCUGGCCUGCCACCCAGAGCACCAGAAGAUUUGCAGGGAUGAGAUCAUUCAAGUUCUGGAUGGCAAGGACGCCAUGGAGUGGGAGGAUCUGAGUAAAAUUCCAUACACAACAAUGUGCAUAAAAGAAUCCCUCCGUCUUUACCCUCCGGUACCAGGAGUGUCCAGAAAAAUCACCAAACCCAUGACCUUUUUUGAUGGAAGGACUUUACCCGGAGGUUGUCAGAUUGGAACAAGUGUGUAUGGGCUUCACAGGAAUGCAGCUGUCUGGGAAAACCCUGAUGUCUUUGAUCCUCUGCGUUUCCAUCCAGAGAAUGCUUCCAGCAGAUCACCUCAUGCAUUUGUUCCCUUCUCUGCUGGGCCAAGAAACUGCAUUGGUCAGAACUUUGCCAUGAAUGAGUUGAAAGUGGCGACAGCCCUGACACUGAAGAGAUACCAGCUGGCAGAGGACCCCGCUUGGGAACCCAAGAUAAUUCCUAGGCUUGUGCUUCGCUCACUCAAUGGUAUCCACAUCAAGAUCAAACCUGUAGACCCAGAAGAGUAAAGUGAAAAAAGCUGCAGGAAAUGCUGUAAACCUGGAAAAUACAUAACUCAGUUAGGGAAAUGUUGAUCUAACACACAGAUAAUGAUGAAAUUAUCUGUGCAGUAUUUUAUUUAGUGACUGAGAACGUUUUAGGGGGAAUUACUGCCUGAAAAAGAAAUUUGUAUAUUCUAAUGAUUUUCUCACACUAAACAGUUUCAAUGACACAUUUUUGUGAAAAGGGAACUGGACCUAUAUUAUGGUAGGAUAUUUUCACCAAAUCAGUUUGUAAUAAUGUAAAAGUUUGAAAAAUGACAGUCCUGUCUUCAUUUAUACAUUAAUUAUCCAAGAUAAAUACAUUUAGUGGUUCUUAGUUUUAGUCGUAGUGGAGGCUGAGUCAGGAACAGGUCAAAAGGUUUCACCAUGCAAUUUCAAAAGCCCAUAAAUUUGUUCUGCAUAAAACAUUAACAGUUUACUACCAGUGAUGACACAUUGUCUGCUUAAACAUUAAACAAAAUUUACUGCCAC